UGUUUCAUUGACUUUAUUUCGUAUUGACUCGACUAAAACCAAAAGUUUAUGAAUAUGAAGGAAUAGAAAAUAAACCAAUGCAAGCAGAUUAAAUAUAUUUUUUAUUAGUUUUGAGGGUUAAAUGUAUUUCUUUUCAACUUAAUUGAACGUCGAUUCAGUAAAGAAUCUCCAAUAUAAGAAUAUAUGCAAGCUCUUGAACCUUGUACCUUUCGUGUCAAAACAAACUUAAAAAUUACUUAAAUAUUUAGUCAAAAGUUUUCAUCUUCGAAUGUGUCAACCCUGCCUUCGAAAGAGUCUAUUUUGAUUACGGUAAAAUGUUCAUUGUUGGGUUAACAGGAGGCCUGGCCACUGGAAAAAGUACAGUGCUUGCAAUUUUUCGUGAAAAUGGUAUAGCUGUCAUAGAUGCUGACGAAGUAGCGAGAAAAAUCCUAGAACCUGGUACUAAAGGAUGGAAAGAGUUGAGAGAAUAUUUUGGAGAUGGUGUCUUGGGGCCUGAUGGCAGAGUAAACCGAGCCAAGCUAGGAGAAAUUGUAUUUGAUGACAUAGAGAAGAGACGAAAACUGAAUGCCAUCACGCACCCUCGGAUCCAAAAGACUAUGAUGAGAAUGGCAAUUAGGUACUUCUUCUCUGGUCACAGGUACAUUGUGAUGGAAGUACCACUGUUGUUUGAGACGGGAAAGAUGUUGACGUUCAUGCACAAAAUUAUUACUGUGGUUUGCGAGAGUCACCAGCAGUUGGAGAGACUGUGCAAACGUAGCGAUUUCUCGGUUACGGUGGCGAAAAAGAGAAUAGACACGCAAAUCCCUCUAGAACAUAAAGUAGCAAAGUCCCAUUUCGUCAUAGACAACUCCGGUGAUUUCGCUCACACCAGACAUCAGACUGAGAACAUUAUUAGGAUGCUCAGGAGGUCUAAAUUCACAUGGUAUUUCAGAGCAAUAAUAUUAAUCAUGGGGUUGUCAGUGAUAUUUGGGAUUGCACACAUAACAAGCAAUUUACUUGAAGACAAAUAUUGAUUCUCCUAAUUUAUACAUAGAGACAGCAUAAACUUAGUGACAGAAAAAGGAAAUUAGUGUUCAGUUUUGUAGUAUUUGACGAACGCGCUUGUAGGUGCAUGAAUAUACUGACUGAACCAACAGGCUGACAACAUAUUUUCAUAAUUUUUGGCCAAAAAUCUGAGUUCAGGGGACUUUAUUCUUCCGAUAUAACAAGAGCUAUAUAGUUUUGAUAAUACAAAGACCACCGCUAUAUCUUAUGACAAGAACAACUCUUGUGUGUUUAAUUUGCUUGUGACUUUAAGAAUGAAAGAGAUACUUAAUUUAAACACAUUUGGUGGAUAAGUCCCUUGUAUGAAAAGUUCAUAAAUAGUUUGCAUAUUCUCAAUUAGUGUAAACUUAGACAUCAUCUAAUAAUUGUCAAAUAAACUGACAUAGUGUUGUUCAAAUUAAGUCUGACAAGUAAUUCUUAAGUAAAACAACCCGACUGUACCUGUUUUGGCAUUUAUUUGUGGGAACACGGUUUUGGAAAUGAACAUAUAGUAUGACAUGGUAAUUUGUAAAUAGCCUAGGUUUUUAUACAUACUGUGGACAUAUAUAUUUUAGAUAAUUCCGCGAUAUAAUUAUCACGUCUAUAUGAAUAAUUAAUUAAUUGUAAUUUGAAUUUUAUUCAAAUACAAAAUCAUCAUAUUAUUAUUAUAUUAUUCGACUUAUCAUCGUUGCGUCUGCCUGAAAAUGUACUGUUGGCUGCAAAAUCCCACUCAUAGUUAAAAAAGAAAUGUCUAAGAAUUAUUGUGACUGAACUUUUGGAGUAGACAGUAUGAUGUAACAAUUUUUUAGGCGUAGUCAAUCAAUACAUGUGAUAUACAAAGCAAUUAAAGCCUUAUGCUGUUGCUCAAAGGAGUUAGUAACUUUGUUAUCUAAGUCUUAUAGAUAAGUUUAAGUUGCUGGUUUUGUACAUGUUAUUUAUUAAGCUAAUACUAGUUUAACGUGGAACUUUAACUUGCGAAAUCAAUAUAGCAAUGUUAAUAAAUUAUUGCUCAACAUGAUUGUUGUUAAGUUUUAGUUCUUCCCAGAGUCACCUCUAUUUUUUUACA